AUGCCCUCGCCCCUCCCGCGGCGCAGCUACCUCCCUGGCGGCGAGUUCUCCCCCUCGGUGGACGCCAGGCCCUGCAGCAGCCCCUCGGUGCUCCCCGGCAGGGCAGGAGGGAAGCUCAUCCCGGGGACCACUCCGCCCAGGGCCCCGCGCCUGCCGCGCCGGCUGGCCUGGUGCACCAUCGACUGGGAGCAGCUGCGCUUCCUGCAGAGGCUGGGGGCCGGGGGCUUCGGCUGCGUGCACAAGGCCACCUACCACGGGGCGCUGGUGGCCGUCAAGCAGGUGAACCGGUGCGCCAAGAACCGCCUGGCGUCCCAGCGCAGCUUCUGGGCCGAGCUCAACGUGGCCAGGCUGCGCCACGAGAACAUCGUGGGGGUGGUGGCUGCCAGCACGCGCACGCCUGCGGGCCUGGACAGCUUGGGCACCAUCAUCAUGGAGUUCGGGGGCCACGUCACCUUGCACCAGGUCAUCUACGGUGCGGCCAGCUCCCCCGAGGAAGAGAUGGACGAGGAGGAGGAGGAGGAGGGAGAGAAGGAGGAGGUGGAGUCCCACGGUCCUGCAGGAGAGGAGCUGACCCUGUCCACCUGCCUGAAGUACGCCCUGAACAUCGUGAACGGGCUGCUCUUCCUCCACGCGCAGAGCAUCGUGCACUUGGACCUGAAGCCCGCCAACGUCCUCAUCAGCGAGCGGGGCGUCUGCAAAAUCGGGGACUUCGGCUGCUCCGAGAGGCUGGGCGACCUCUCCGGCUCCCAGGCCGCCCCUUCGCACCACCUGGGCGGCACCUACACCCACCGAGCCCCCGAGCUCCUCAAAGGGGAGAGCCUCACGCCCAAAGCGGACAUCUACUCCUUCGCCAUCACGCUCUGGCAGAUGGCCACCCGCGAGGUGCCCUACCCGGGGGAGCGCCAGCACGUGCUCUACGCCGUGGUGGCCUACCAGCUGCGGCCGCCCCUGUCGGCCGCCGUCUUCGCGGCCUCGGACCCGGGCAGGAGGCUGGCGGGGGUGAUCCGGGGCUGCUGGGCGGCCAGGGCCCCGCAGAGGCCGAGCGCCGAGCUGCUGCUGGCUGACCUCACCGCCCUGCGCGCUGAGCUUGCCCCCUCGGAACCUGUCUCCAGAUAA